UCGUUUCUUCCACGCGGGGGUAUUGACUGGUAUGCUUAAAAAAGGUACCAGUUUUCGUGACAUUUUGUUUUGGCAUCACCACUCCAACCAUCACUCGGCUACUCCGGAGAAAUUGGAAAAUAUCAUCCGCAAAUGGUCAUGGCUUUUAAUAGGGUUAGAAGAAUUGUCUCUCUGUAACGGUGGGUUUUGUUCAUCCUUGCUCUCGAAUUAACCGGAAAGCUUGGCCGUGGAAACCAUGGAGCAUCCUCCGCAGACCUCCAAGUACACCGUAACCCACGAUUCCAAUCUGCUCCUUUUCAUCGGCAGCCCUUCAUACAUUGAUCCUGAUUUGAUGGAAUUGCAAUCUUCGUCGGCGUCGACCUCCUUGAGUACGAGCCAGAAGCGGAAGCGUAAUCAGGUUGUUCCUCGUGAUAUAAUUGAAAUAGAUGAAGAUGAUGAUCAAGAUGGAGUUGUGAUAAUUGGUGAAAAUCUUUUAGAAAACAAAAGCAAACAACCUAUAAAGUUUGAGAAGGAUGUUUUCCCCUUUGUUUAUGAGAGUUCUUAUACAAAGCUCAAAUCUGAAAGUGUUGCUCCCUCAGACAAGCAAAAGGGUUUUGUUUUAGAUCCUCUGGAUUUCAGUUUUACUGAUGAAUAUGAUUAUACUGAAUAUGAGGAUGAUUAUGAUGAUGAAGAUGACUAUGACCUUGGUGUAUCUGAGAGUGAUAAUAACCUUACUUUGGCUGCUCAAUUUGAUGAACUGGACCUGCCACCUGGAGUGGAGGCGACUGUCCCUUGGCUGCAGAGUGAUGCAUCUAAAAUGCUGACAGUCAAGCCAAACUUAAUUAUUGAGGAUGAGAUUGAUUUGAAGUUCAAAGCAUUUAAACAAUUUGAUACUGUUAGAGAUAAUUCAGAUCAUUACUUUAACAGACCUGAGCUCCUUAAGAUAACUCCUUCAGUAAAAAAGCCAGGAAAGGAUUGGGCUAAGAGGAUUCAACACGAGUGGAAGGUUCUUGAGAAAGAUUUACCUGAGACAAUAUAUGUUAGAAUUUACGAAGAUCGUAUGGACCUUCUUCGUGCUGUCAUCAUUGGACCGGCUGGAACUCCUUAUCAUGAUGGUCUCUUCUUCUUUGACGUAUACUUUCCCCCAGCCUAUCCCAUGGUACCCCCGAUGGUCCAUUAUCAUUCCGGAGGACUUCGUCUGAAUCCAAACUUGUAUGCAUGUGGAAAAGUUUGCCUUAGCCUUCUUAAUACAUGGUCUGGCCAUGGAUGCGAGAAAUGGAACCCAACAAACUCGACAAUGCUGCAGGUUUUAGUCUCCAUCCAAGCCUUGGUUUUGAAUGCCAAGCCCUACUUUAAUGAGCCAGGCUAUGCAAAUUCAGCUAAUACACCUCAUGGGGAAACUAGAUCACUGGCUUAUAAUGAGGAUGUAUUUAUCUUAUCCUGCAAGACAAUGCUAUAUUCCCUACGUAGGCCACCCACGCAUUUUGAAGAUUUUGUUGCUGGACAUUUUCGCAACCAUGGCCGGAACAUCCUUGUGGCAUGCAGAGCAUACACUCAAGGUGCUCAAGUCGGGUGUGUUGUGGGAAACGGGGUGCAAGAUGUUGAUCAGGGUGAUAAGAGCAGUUCCUCAACAUUCCAGAAUAAUCUGAGCACUCUCUUUGAACAACUACUGAUGGAGUUUACUGUUAAGGGAGCAGAUUGUGAUAUGUUUCUUGCUCAAAAGGUCAAGGAUGGGACUGCUGCUGCCAAAGCUGCAGCAGGUCCAUCUGGUAAAGGGCAGCAUCACUGAAGCCACAGCUGCAAUUGUGAAUAAAACUUAAUAGCAGAGAAAAUUAGUUUUUGCAGUGCAGGCUUGCCUUUAGCCGUUGCAGUCAUUUAAAUUGCUAAUCUUAUGCAUUUUCAUUUUCUGUAAAUAGGAUCUGUAAAUAUCAGCAUGCAGGGGUUGUCCAUAGGUGUCGUAGAGUGGUGUUUAUGGCCUUGCUCUGUCAAAACGCCUUCAGCAAUUCAAGCAGUGUUGCAAGGGGAUAUAUUAUUUAACUUUUAAGCAAUUUAUGUGACGUUGACAUGAACAAAUAAACUUAUCUAUUGCAAAGCUUUUCUGUUGCGGUUAAGGUUU